UGCAUUAACACGUGUACAUCUGGUGGUUUCUAUGAUGAGCAAGGGCAAGUGAGGCUUUGGAGGGGCCAAGCCAUUCAUUCUACUUCUAGGAAAAGAAACAGAGUGACAAGAGUGAAGGCCGAAGACUUCAAUUUUUGAUUCAACGAAGCCAAGGGAUGGCUUUACUUGUGCUUCCAUCAGUAACAGCUGCACAGGCGCCGGCGACGUGCAGCUGGAAGGCUGGUGUGCGAGGGAAGCGGCUCCUAUUCCCAUCUGGCGAUUGUCAAUCGUCUUUUAGGAGGAGUGGGUUUGAGGUUAGGGCUUUUUUCCCCAAUCCCGCCCAACAACCCAUUCUCAAGGAGGCGCUCAAGGAGCCAGUUGCAUUCGUGGGAGGGAUAUUUGCAGGGCUGCUAAGGCUUGAUCUAAAUGAAGAUCCUUUGAGAGAAUGGGUUGCAAGAACGGUUGAAGCCUCUGGGAUUGCAACGGAAGAAAUUAGUAAGAGGGAAGGAGAAGAAGAGGAACAAGUAGCGCAACAGAUUGAGAUAGAAUGAAACGCAUGGCAUGGUGAUUUGUGUUAGUGUUAGAACUGAAAAACCGGAAAACGUGAACGCAUUUAUUAAUGCGCGUGUUGUAGUUGUAGGCUCCUUGUGCGCAUGUGCUGGCCUUGUUGCCAUUAUGGGUUGUUGUGCUUUUCAGCCCACCUCAGCUUUAGCAUUGCACUGCAUUGGUUCGUCUUUCUUUUCUUUUCUUUCUUCUUCUAGCGAAGCAUUGCAUUGCUUUUAACA